CGCCAGCAGCGUGGUGGGGGGCGCAUGGGCGAGCGCGGAGCUUACGCCGGCGGCGUAGCGGUGUCGUUGGCUGGAGUGGUGAGGGGAGGCGAGAGGCGGCGUGAGGAGAGCCGGGCCGGGGGCGCCGCCAUGGGCAGGCCGCGGGGCAGCGGCUGCGGGGCCCGGCGCUGAGGGACCGCCGAGCUCGCCGGGCGCUGGGAGGACCCCGUCUGCAGGAUGUUCUCUCCACCAAAGGUCUCCUCGUGACCGCUGACCAUGACCGUCCCGGCGGCACCUCGGGAGGCACCAACGUUGCAGUAGCCCGGCUCGUCCCCCCGCCGCACACCGGGAUGCUGCACUGACCGAGGGCAGCCCCGCUUCUUUUCUCCUCUCCCCCUCAACUUUCAGCAGCUCUGGGAUUUGUAUGGCAGCAGCGUAACCGUGGAGAGGCCGGGGUAUCACAAACUUAUGGAUUUUGAUAAGAGAGGAGGGAAAGGGGAGCUGGAGGAAGGUAAAAGGAUGUCCAAGACGGGUGGAGGAAGGAGCAGCCAUGGAAGUCGGAGCGCCGGAACCAACUCGGGAGUCUUAAUGGUGGGUCCCAACUUCCGCGUCGGAAAGAAGAUCGGAUGCGGCAAUUUCGGGGAGCUCCGCCUAGGAAAGAACCUCUACACCAACGAAUACGUAGCGAUCAAAUUGGAGCCCAUCAAGUCCCGGGCCCCACAGCUGCACCUGGAAUAUCGCUUCUACAAGCAGCUCGGCAAUGCAGAAGGAAUUCCUCAGGUUUAUUACUUCGGCCCCUGCGGGAAAUACAACGCCAUGGUGCUGGAGCUGCUGGGCCCCAGCCUGGAGGAUCUCUUUGAUCUGUGCGACCGCACCUUCACCCUCAAAACCGUCCUGAUGAUCGCCAUCCAGCUGAUCACACGGAUGGAGUACGUCCACACCAAAAGCCUCAUCUACAGAGACGUCAAACCCGAGAACUUCCUGGUGGGGCGGCCGGGCAGCAAACGGCAGCACACCAUUCACAUCAUUGAUUUCGGCCUGGCCAAAGAGUACAUCGACCCCGAGACCAAAAAACACAUCCCCUACAGAGAGCACAAGAGCCUGACGGGGACGGCGCGUUACAUGAGCAUCAACACCCACCUGGGGAAGGAACAAAGCCGCAGGGACGACCUGGAAGCGUUAGGCCACAUGUUUAUGUACUUCCUCCGUGGGAGCCUUCCCUGGCAGGGCCUGAAGGCGGACACACUGAAGGAGAGGUACCAGAAGAUCGGCGACACCAAGCGAGCCACGCCGGUGGAGGUGCUGUGCGAGAACUUCCCAGAGGAAAUGGCCACAUACCUGCGCUACGUGCGGCGCUUGGACUUCUUUGAGAAGCCGGACUACGAUUACCUGCGAAAGCUCUUCACGGAUCUGUUUGAGAGGAACGGUUUCGUGUUCGACUACGAAUACGACUGGGCUGGGAAACCGCUGCCCACCCCCAUCGGCACGAUGCACAGCGAGGUGCAGGUGCAGCCCCCGAGCAGAGACAAAGCACAGCCACACACCAAACACCAGCCGCCCGAUGGGACGGAGCAGUGGGAUGCUCACGCUGGCGGGCAGCCGGCCGAGGAGCCCGGGGGAGCUCGCCUGGCAGCCGGCCGGCUCGGGGGGUCCGUGCAGGUGAUGAGCUCCACCAACGGAGAGCUGAACACGGACGACCCGACGGCGGGGCACUCGAACGCGCCCAUCACAGCCCCCACCGAGGUGGAGGUGACCGACGAUACAAAGUGCUGCUGUUUCUUCAAGAGGAGGAAGAGGAAAAGCACCAAACGCCAUAAGUGAGCGCGGGCGGAGCAGCGGUGCGGGGCUCCCCUCCCUCCGGCCGUGCCGGACGGUGCCCGCGAUGCCGUGCGGUGGGAGGAGCCCGGCGCCCACACGCAGCACAGCGGGGCCUCCCCCUGCCCGGCCCGGCCGCUCUCGUGUCCCCGCAUCCGCCAAAAAAGAGAAAAAAAAAAAGGUAUAAAAAAGAAGAAAAGCCCCGCAGGGAGCGCAGCGCGGGGCGCCCGUUGUGCCCGGCGGGACAGGAGCCGAUCCUCACCGCGCUGCGCUGCGCACCGAACCCUGGGCUCUUUUUUUUUUUUUUUUCUUUUUUUUUUCUUUUUUUUUUUUCUUUUUUUUUUUUCUGUUGCUUCUUUGUCUCUUAAGUUAAUUUAAAGUGAGUCUCAGUGCA